GCCGCUUCUGUUGUGACUCGGGCAGCCUAUCCCGAGGGUGGGGAGCCGCGGAGGAGCCUGAGCCGAGCGGUACUCCGCAGCAUCACGUGCCGGGGUGGGGGCUAUAAAAUCCCGGAGCCGGGGCGCCGGGCGGGGGACGCGAGGACCAGCCCUCUCCGGGGACCCCUUUGUUCCCGGCCCAGACUCCUACACCUUUGCGUCCCCAAGGGUUUGACCGCCGGCGUCCACGCAGCUCCCGGGGCAGAGCUCAGAACACGAGAGGGGAGGGGUCGCCGUGGCCGGCCGGGCCUUCCAGCCACCCACCCCUCUCGACAUGUCGCGCUCCUUCUAUGUCGACUCGCUCAUCAUCAAGGACUCCUCGCGGCCUGCGCCCUCGCUGCCUGAGCCGCACCCCGGGCCGGAUUUCUUCAUCCCGCUGGGCAUGCCGGCCCCAUUGGUGAUGUCCGUGUCCGGGCCAGGCUGCCCGUCCCGCAAGAGCGGCGCUUUCUGCGUGUGCCCUCUCUGCGUCACUUCUCACCUGCACUCCUCUCGGGGGCCCGUGGGCGCCGGCGGCGGGGGCGCAGGAGCCGGGGGUACCGGGGCUGGGGGCAGCGGGGCGACUGGGGGUGCCGGGGCCCUGCCUCUGCUCAAGAGCCAGUUCUCUUCGGGUCCUGGGGACGCGCAGUUUUGCCCGCGGGUGAGCCACGCGCACCAUCACCACCACCCGCCGCAGCACCACCAUCACCACCAUCAGCCCCAGCAGCCCGGCUCAGCCGCUGCGGCAGCGGCAGCGGCGGCGGCAGCGGCAGCCGCAGCGGCCCUGGGGCACCCCCAGCACCACGCACCUGUCUGCGCCGCCACCACCUACAACGUGGCGGACCCGCGGAGAUUCCACUGCCUCACCAUGGGAGGCUCCGACGCCAGCCAGGUACCCAACGGCAAGAGGAUGAGGACAGCGUUCACGAGCACUCAGCUCCUGGAGCUGGAGCGAGAAUUCUCUUCCAAUAUGUACCUGUCUCGACUCCGGAGGAUCGAAAUUGCCACGUAUCUGAACCUGUCGGAGAAGCAGGUGAAAAUCUGGUUUCAGAACCGUCGGGUGAAGCACAAGAAGGAGGGGAAGGGCACGCAGAGGAACAGUCACGCGGGCUGCAAGUGCGUUGGCAGCCAGGCGCACUACGCGCGCUCGGAGGACGAGGACUCCUUGUCGCCGGCCUCAGCCAACGACGACAAGGAGAUUUCCCUUUUAUGAGGGAAGGUCGCCUACCCCCUCACAACAUCGGCUCCUGCCAGCCCCAAGCCACUCCAACGUGGGGUGGGGUGGGGGGAGGAUCCAGGGGCCCAAAUCCUCGUAAUUGCAGGGAUCCCAUCUGGAGAAGAAACAAAUGAAGUCCCGGGAUAUACAAGCCGGGCCUGACCCUGGGGUCUCUUUGACCUGUUUAUUUGGGACUCCACUCCAAGUUUAUGGAUUGUUUUUAAACAAUGUAAAUAACCUAGAAUUCAACUCAGCCUCAUCUUGUAACAAAGGAAAAACAGGGUUGCUUGAAGUUUAACACUGUAUGGGGGUUUUUGAAAGCGAAUGCCAUUUCCCCAUCCCUACCGUCUUUCAGAACCUGAUAAGAACGCAGGGUUUCUCGAUUAUUUUGUUGUUGUUGUUGUUGUUGUUGUUGUUGUUGUUUUAAAAUGAAAACAUUGACGUUGCAAAUAAUUUAGAAAAAUCAAACCCUGUAGGUCUUGCUGUCUGAAAUUUUGCCUGGGGAGAGUUUAAGAUCCAAGUCGCUGGAAGUCCCUUUGUAUGUGAAUAGUUUUAUAUAAAAUUUAUAUUUAUAUUUAUUUAAAUAAAUGAAACAAAA